AUGGCAGACGGUUUCUACACCCAAGACCUAGCAUAUGCCUCGCUGGAGCUACAUCCUACCUUGCCAAACCAACGGGCGAUGAAGUGGCAUCGAGGGUAUUACUCAGAUCACUUCCACUGGGGGCCCACUUCAACUUUGUAUUGUUGUGUGCCUGCUGGUCACGUUCGCGUUGUGUCUAUUGCUCCACAAAUGACUUCCUUCUAUGGAAAACUAGAACGGCAUCAAUAG